AUGUUUUCUUCUUCAGCGCUUAAAAAGAAGAAAAAUUCUCCUUCCCUCUCAAAAGAUGAUUUCAAUAUUCUUGAUUCUUAUAUAACAAUCGAAGGACGAAAAUAUCAUAAUAUCGAUGGAUUAGGAUAUCCAUUACCUUGCGAUGAAUCCGAAGCUUCUCGUUUAAUUAUCCUUCACUUUAUUUUUCGCUUAAUCUUUGGUGGAAAUUUUUCGUCUCCUGUUUCAGAUUUAUUAUCAGCAGGAGGGAUGACAGUUUUAGAUAUUGGCUGUGGACCCGGCGCGUGGGUGUCGGAGAACUGCAAAAACUAUCCGAAAUCAACAUUUAUUGGGCUCGAUAUCAUUUCGGCUAAUUUUCCUUCUGAAAAAUUUCCCAACGCGGCGUUUAUACAAUGCAAUGUGUUAGACGGCAUACCUUUCCCUGCGAAUACUUUUGAUUUUAUUCAUCAACGUGGUCUUUUACGUGCUUUUACGUCAAAAGACUGGCGUAACGUGAUUGAUGAAAUUUGUAGAGUUCUUAAGCUGGGAGGACGAGUCGAAUUCUUAGAGAAGGACUUGAAGUUUAUUAACAUGGGACCAAUUAUGAAAACAUUUUCGGAUGCAAUGUUUAUGGAAUCUGCGGAAAAUGACAUAAAUCCAUAUGUCAUACAUAAACUGGAUGAAUUUCUGAAAGAUACUGGGAAAAUCGAAAAUAUUGAGACUAUCGAAAAAAUAGCUCCUAUAGGAAGUUGGGGAGGCAGACUUGGAGAAUUGAUUUUUCGAAAUCUGUUUAACUCAUUAAAUGGAUUACGCGGAAAACUAUUGCCAAUUUUGGAUAUAAGCAUAGAAAAAUAUGAUUCUUUAUUAAAUCAACUUGAGGAAGACGUGAAUAAAAACCACACUAGUUAUAGAUUAGUACGAAUUUUUGGACAAAAAAAAUUGGAUCAUGCAGCUUAUCAAAUUAACCCGUAA